AUGGACAUAACAACCGCCCUUGGAGCUCUAGAAUCACUUUCGUCUUCCACAUCAACAUCAUCUUCAGGCCCAUUAAACGCACUCAUAGAUAAUCAAUUCAAUAGAGCAAAAUCACGUAUUAUAGCUGGAGAAGAUCCGAAAUUAGUCAUCGCAGAAUUACAAAAAUCAGUCAAGAAUUGCAAGAAGGAUGUUGAAAAGGGCUUGAAAAGUUGGUAUGGCGCGUUGGGUAAUGUAGGGAAAGAAGUUGACAAGGCAUUCCCACCUAAUCUAGCAGCCAUCAGCGAAGCGUACUCUGAUCCACCACUAUUCUCUGAUCCAGAAGCUAUUCGAGCAUUAGAUGAGGUGAUACUAGAAUCAUUGGGUAGAAGGGGUAUCUGGGAAGCUGUAGAAGCUAUGGAAGAGGAAACUUCACUAUCAUAUCCUUCAUCAAAGAGAUCACUUUCAACAGAACUUCAAUAUAUCUUAACAUCGAUAUCAUCAUCAGAUUUACAACCUGCAUUGAAUUGGUGUGAAUCAAAUUCAAGUUUCCUAUCAUCACCACCUCACCCAUCUUCAUUACCCUAUUAUCUUCAUAAAGCUGUAUUUCGAUCCAUCAAGAAUCGACAAGAAGCGAUAGUAUACGCUAGGAAAAAUAUGAUGCAAUAUGUACCAACUCAACCAGUACUUAAAUUGAUCACUUCAUGUCUGUACGAUCCAACUACUCCUCCUCUCCAUCCACCAAAAUCAACUAACGGGGAUAUCGCGAUGAGUAAUCAAGAAGCGGAAGAGAAAGAAAGAAAAGAUGAAUUAGAAGAGUUAAGGAAAAUGUUUCAAAAUGAAUUUUGUAGAAGAUAUCAAUGGUCAAAAGAAGAUCCAUUAGAAGUGGUGACUGAAUUAGGAAGUAGAGGUGGUACUUUGGAUAAAAUCGAAAAAGCCAGAAGAGUAAUGGGUGAGCAUUUAGGUAAUGUAAGGAAAUGGGAUGAGUUACCCAUGGAAGUCCCUCUUCCCACUUCACGUAGAUAUCACUCAGUAUUCGUCUGUCCUGUCUCUAAAGAACAAGCAACCGAAAGUAACCCUCCUAAGAUGUUAACUUGUGGACAUGUCAUCGCUGAAGAGAGCUUUAACAGGUUACUGAAAGGAGGUCGAAGAUCAAUCAAAUGCCCUUAUUGUCCUAUGGAGACGAGUCAAUCAGUCGCGCAAAGACUGUACUUUUAA